AUGGGUCGGCAGCAGCAGCGGUACAGAGGCGUGCGGCAGAGGCAUUGGGGCUCUUGGGUCUCUGAGAUCCGCCAUCCCUUACUGUAAGAACCCAUCACACCACCUCUCUCCUCCUCCUCCCGCCCAUUAGAACUCUUGGGUCUCUGCAAGAGCCCAUCUUCUCUCUCUCUCUCUCUCUCUCUCUCUCUCUCUCUCUCUCUCUCUCUCUCUCUCGUUCUCAAUUUCCGGUGACGAUGUGGGGCGACAGGAAGACGAGGAUAUGGCUGGGCACGUUCGAGACGGCGGAGGACGCCGCCAGGGCCUACGACGAGGCGGCGCGGCUCAUGUGCGGCGCGCGGGCGAGGACCAACUUCCCCCAAAACCCGAACGCUCCGCCUCACGAGGCCUCCAGCUUCCUCUCAGCGCCGCUCAUGGCGAAGCUCCACCGCUGUCACUUGGCAUCCCUCCAGGCGGCGCAGCAAAACUCGCCUCCCGCGGCUUCAGCGGCCGCCACCGGCUCCGACCCGGCGGCGGCGGCGGGGGCGCAGGAGCUGGACGAGGACCACAUUGAGCAGAUGAUCGACGAAUUGCUGGACUCGGGCUACUCCAUGGAGCUCUGCUCUCCAUCCCCGUAA